AUGUUUGAUAUACCGUUAAAUACUUCAACAUAUGUCAACAAACAUCGAGUGAGAGAAAGACAAUUACGAUACAGAUAUAUCAAUGAACAUACCAAACAAUACAAGAAAUAUAAAAGACAUGUCUAUAAAAAGAAAGUAUUGAGAAGAAAAUAUUCAGAUAAGAAGUAUGGGUCUUCCUUGGAUGAAAAUUUUAAUAAUAGUGAUAAUAAUAAUAAUAAUAAUAAUAAUAAUCACCCUGAAAAUAAAGAAUAUUUGAUUGCUAGAAGAAAUAAAAAGAAGACCAAAUGGACUACAGUUUAUAGACAAGAUACUCAAGAGUUGGAAAGUGAAAAUAAUGCAUUUGGAUCUACAAAAUAUGAGGAAGAUAGUGAUAUAUCUGAAACAGAAGAUACCAAUAAUGCUAACAUUAAUGAUACUGAUGAGGAUGCUCGAAUAAAACUUGAGAAAAAUGAUUAUGACAACGAUGAUGAUAAUAAUAAUUUAGAUGAAGAAGAAGCUUUCAUAUCAAGUAAGGAUGAGAGAAAGUAUUUUUCUCGCCACCAUAAACCACAGCAGACAUAUGAGUUAUGGAUAGAUCCAAAUACUACAACCCAUAGACCAUUACAAACCAAUAUAAUAAGGUUUCCAGAAUGGUCAAAGAUAGAAACCAGGACUAAAUCAAAAUUAAAAGAGCCUCUAGCACAAACAACUCAUAGUCUAAAGGCAUAUCAAAAACUGAUCCCAUAUGGUUUAUAUUUGCAUGAUCCACAUAAUAUAAGAAGCUAUCAUAAAAGACCUACUAUACAAGACAAACAUAUAGAGACAAUGGUUAUUUUACUCCGUAUCCAUAUAUCAAAGCUAAAUUGGUCAAUGGCAUACAGAAUAUUUGCUUUACUGAUCAGGAUACCGCGUGUUGAUAUCAGGUCUAUUUGGCAAUAUGGUGUGGCGAUUUUAAAUCAGAGUGAGAAUCUGAUACAAUGUCUAACUUUCUUGGAAUGGAUGCACAGUGUAUUUUCCUCAAAGAAAGCUUACCAUCUUACUAAUUUAUUACAAUCUGAUCCUGUGUUCAGAGGCUCUUCACGUAACCAUACAGCACAGUUCUCACUUACAUGGUUAUGGAACUCUUUAAUAUUUUAUUCUACCAAAGGUGAUCAAACAAGAAGAAACAAACAUGAUUAUGAAAAAGGUAAUAUGAGAAUAAAAGAAGAAGAUGGCGAAUAUGAUGAGCAUUUUCUUAAUAAAUAUGAUAAAGAGGGUAUGGAAAGAUUGAUUGAGAAAAUAACUGAAAUGAUUUUAAGCCCACCGUUUAUGGAGGAUGGUGAGGUAUGGUUUAUUCUUGCGAUGUGUCAUAUGAUGAGAGCUGAUUAUACAUCAUUAUGUUAUUUAAAUAGACGUGGUGGACAACCGUCAUAUGAAAGAGAAAAAUUGUAUGAUCAGGUGACUUAUGAUAUUAAUAAAGUGAUAAAAUAUUUAAAGGAAUCUAAAUCAAGACAAAAUGGUGAUUUUUUAUAUCCAAAUGAUUAUAUAAUGAGGAGUCUAACACAGAUAGAAUUACGUGUAUCGGAAGAAGAAGAAGAAGAAGAUGAUGAUGAUGAUGAUGAGGAGGAGGAAAAAGAAGCUAGUUUGAGUGAUGACACUAAUAAGCCUACACACAUGUCUCUAACUAAUAAAAGAAAAGAAAUAAAAGAAAACAAUAGGUAUCAACUUGUAUCACAAGCAAUAAAUGAGUCAGAUCUACGACCUGAAUUAGACUCUAGUUUAUUCCAAGUUGAAGAAGAAAAUAGUUUCUUGCAAACUCUAGACAUGCCUGAUUAUUUACUUGAAGAUGAUUAUAAUAAUCAAUAUAAUGCCCAUGAUAAUUUUUAUACAAAUAGAGAUAGUGAUGAUAGAGAAUAUUCAAGUGAUUGA